CUUGAAAUAUUCAUUGAAAUAAUCAUUAAAUUAUUACUAUUUUAUUGUUUUAUUUGAUAUAAUAUUUCAAAUGGUGUUUAAAAGCGAUAGCAAAACGAGUCUAUAAUUAAAGUGUGAACUUAUUGUUAGUUUUAAAGCUUUUUUUACUGUUGAAGACAAAGACAAGUGUCUCACAAGUGAUGUCCAAAGUAUCGUUCAAAGAGAGAGUGAUUUUAGUGGAUAUAUUGGCCGUAAUCUUCGGCAUCAGCUCAUGGGUCGAAGUGAAUGGCGUUUGGGUCGAGACACCCAUUUUGGUGCAGAGACUUCCAGAGGAAUGGAAUUUAGCCUCUUUUAUAGUAAUGAUCACUCAAUUGGCAAACAUCGGACCCAUUGUCUACUCUAUACUCAAAUUUAAAUUCACAUUAAAGUCUGUAGAAAAUCCUGCAAUACAUGUGACUCUAUUGAUUGGCGCCGUUUCGUGUCUUCUAUUGUCACUGUUUUGGGACCGAAUCAGUCUUAUUAAU